AUGAAUUUCCUGUUCAAGGCGAAGCAGCGCACGCCGCAUGAGCUUGCGCGCAGCAUGCGCGAGGCGAUCGCGCGCCUCGGUGUCGUGCAGCUCAGCAACGGGACGCUGCACCUGAGCGAGACGGUGGGUGCCGAGACGCGCCGCAAGGUCGGCGAGGAGCUCUACCAGAGCAUCCAGCAGGCGAAGCAUAUCCUCUAUGGCGAGGCCGGCAACGAGCCCGUGCCUGAGCUUGUGGCGCAGUUUGCGCAGGAGACAUACCAGGACCGGCUGAUGCAGUACCUGCUCGUGAUCCUCCCCCGGCUCGAGUUCGAGGCACGCAAGGACGUCGUGCAGAUCUUUACCGUGCUGCUGCAGCGGAGCAUUGGGACACGGCUUCCGACGGUCGAGUACAUCUCUUCUAACCCGUCGAUUGUCCUGCUUGCGCUGCGUGGCUACGAGGACGCGGACAUUGCGCUGAAUACCGGCAUGAUCUUGCACGAGAUGCUGCAGCACGAGGCGCUCGCCAAGAUCCUGCUGUACUCGGAGGACUUCUACCGUUUCCCCAAUUACAUUGACACGAGCUCGUUUGGCGUGUCGUGCGACGCGUUUGCCAACUUUCGCGAAGCGCUCGUGCGGCACAAGAGCGUCGCGGCCGAGUACAUUGCGCAGAACUACGAGCACUUCUUUGCCAUGUACAAUCACCUGCUCGACUCGACGAGCUACGUUGCAAAGCGGCAGUCGCUCAAGCUUCUCGGCGAGAUGCUUGUCGACCGUGCGCACUACCAGAUGAUGCUGCGGUACGUGGCCGACGACGGCAACCUCAAGCGCAUCAUGAACCUCUUGCGCGACCGCAGCAAGAACAUCCAGCUCGAGGCGUUUCACGUGUUCAAGGUCUUUGUCGCGAACCCCAAGAAGUCGCCGGGGGUCGAGGCGAUCCUCCAGCGCAACCGCGCACGGCUCCUCACCUUUUUGUCCGAGUUCCAGCGAGAUCGCAGCGACGAGUCCUUCAUCGACGAGCGCCAAUAUGUGAUGCAAAUCAUUGCCACACUCCCGGCAAAAGGGCCAUAG